GGCAGGGGAGAGCUAGGUAGCUGCAGCUUUUAUGCUUCGUCUUUAGAGACCGCUCCCGGGAUCAGGAGAAUGAAGAAAGGGGGUCUCCUGAGUUGGGAAUUUUCUCCAUGUUUAGAGGAGUGGAGCAGAAGCCCUCUCUCUUAUUCCCCCACCCAAGAGGGCUGCGCUCUGCUCUCUAAGCAGCCUGGGUCAGGUAGACGCUCCGGGAUACAGUUCCGUGAGCAGGAGAUUGCGUAUCGCGGAGAUGGGGGAAGGCUUUGCUCAGGAAACCAAUCCCCUGAUUCACCUAAGUAACUGGAUGUGCAUAUGCUCCGUGACUAAGUGAAACACUGGGACUCUCAACUUGCUGUUCUCUGUGUUAACAGCACCAGCAAGUAGAUCGUGAUGGCAAAUUUCAAAGGUCAUGCUCUCCCAGGCAGCUUCUUCCUACUCUUUGGCCUCUGGUGGUCUGUGAAAUACCCCCUGAGGUACUUCAGCGAGAAGGUGAAUAAAAAGUCCCAUAGAAACCACUGUUGCCAACGCCUGGAUGUAAUUGAAGGAGUGGUCAAAAUCAUCUUUGCCCUAAUAGGAAUGCUGGCUGAGCAGUUUGUCCCCGAUGGCCCCCACUUGUAUCUCUAUAGUGGCGAGAAACGCAGCUGGAUGAAGUUGAUGAACUGGCAGCACACGACCAUGUACCUGUUCUAUGGACUCUCAGGUGUGGUGGAUGUGCUCACUUACUCGCCACUCAAGGUGCCCCUUGGACUGGAUCGUCUUAUGCUGUCGGUGGCUGUGUUUGUUGAAGGUUUUCUCUUUUAUUAUCACGUCCUUCACCGCCCCAUGCUAGAUAAGCACAUCCACUCCCUGCUGCUCAUCGCCGUGUUCGGUGGGGCCUUCAGCAUCCUGCUGGAAGUCUUCCUCCGUGACAACAUUGUCUUGGAGCUCUUCAGGGCUAGCCUCACCAUCCUGCAGGGAACCUGGUUCUGGCAGAUUGGGUUUGUGCUGUUCCCACCAUGGGGAGGCCCAGCCUGGGAUGAGGAUGACCAUGACAACAUCAUGUUUGUUACCAUGUGCUUCUUCUGGCACUACGCGACUGCUAUUCUCAUCAUGAUUGCCAACUACGCUCUCACUUACUGCUGCAUUCGAAGAUGUAAGAGAAACAAUGGAGAAAUAGAUAUUGGACUUGGGGUUCGGAAGCAGAAAAGUGACAAAAGCUCCCAUGUUGCCCUCUUAAAUGGAUCGGAUGAGGAAUGACGAUGGUGCACCUUGGCUGAUAUCUCUUAUUUCCUAAAGAUUAUGAGAAUCAAUUUUUUUUAAUCGGAGUAAUAUUUAUAUUGGAAUAUCAAGAAGGAAGAUCCUGCAAUUUUACUGCUGAACAGUAUGGACAGACUCAAGAUGUGAUCUCUGCUCUCCUUCUGUAAAUUCCCUGAAGCCCUUUGGAUCUGAAAUAUCCUACUUCUGAGCGAUUUCUUUAAUGGCAAAAUUUAAACGCAGAAAUUCUAAUGUCAGGACAGUUUGGCUUAUGGGAUCUCGGGUCUAUGCUGCUUCCAUAGUGAUGGACCAGAGCCUGCCAGGUACAUUUUCAGAGUGAAUGGGGGGCUGACCUGUGAUGAUCGAAGCUGGAGAAACCUCCAGACUGGGCUUCA